AACCCCAUUGAUCAUGGUUUCUCAUACUCCCUACUAUGUGUGCCUUAUCUUUUUCUCAAUCACUCACCUUGUCUCCACCUUAGCAGAAUCUGAUAACUACAUCAUUCACAUGGAUGUAUCAGAGAAGCCCAAAGACUUUGGUAGCCACCAUGAGUGGUACUUGUCCACUCUAACCUCUGCAUUAGAAACUUCUAAACUUAGCACCACCAAUACUUUUUCUACCGCCACUUCUAAACUUAUCUAUAGCUACACUCACGUUAUAGAUGGCUUUGCUGCAAGUCUAUCACUUUCUGAGCUUGAGGCCUUAAAAAGCUCUCCAGGUUUUGUUUCUUCAAUCAAGGACUUGCCUGUGAAGGCUGACACAACUCACUCACCUGACUUUCUUGGCCUUAGUAGCAACUCGGGCUUAUGGCCAGUGACAAACUAUGGCCAAGAUGUCAUAAUUGGAGUGGUAGAUACAGGAAUUUGGCCAGAAAGUGAAAGUUACAAUGACAAGGGCAUGUCCGAAGUUCCUUCAAGGUGGAAGGGUCAAUGUGAAUUUGGCACCAAAUUCAACACAUCUUUUUGCAACAAGAAGCUAAUUGGUGCAAGGUUCUUUAACAAAGGUCUAAUUGCCAAAGACCCCAACGCGACCAAGACCAUUAAUAAUUCCACACGAGACACAGAUGGUCAUGGGACCCACACUUCAAGCACGGCUGCUGGGAAUUAUGUGCAAGGUGCAUCAUUUUUUGGCUAUGCCACAGGAACUGCUAGAGGCAUAGCUCCAAAAGCCAGAGUGGCCAUGUACAAGGCCUUGUGGGAUGAGGGUUCUUAUUCAUCCGAUAUUAUGGCUGCCAUUGAUCAAGCAAUUUUAGAUGGUGUAGAUGUCAUAUCCAUAUCAUUGGGCAUUGAUGGUGUACCACUGCAUACUGACCCAAUUGCCAUAGCCACAUUUGGAGCCUUGAAAAAGGGUGUGUUUGUGUCCACUUCAGCAGGAAAUCAAGGGCCUCUUCUUGGGACCUUACACAAUGGCAUCCCAUGGGUUUUAACCGUUGCUGCUGGUACCAUGGACCGUGACUAUAAUGGAGUUGUUACUCUUGGCAAUGGAGUUCAACUCUUGGGCUCAUCUUUGUAUAUUGGGAAAUGGAAUUCAUCUUCCAAUAAAAUCCCAAUCGUUUUCUUUGAUGCUUGUGACAAUCUCAAGACAUUGCAGAAAGUUGGGUACAAGAUUGUUGUGUGCCAAGAUAAGAAAGGCUCAUUGUCUGACCAAGUUCAAAAUGUUGACGAUGCAAAAGUGGUAGCUGCGGUCUUUAUAACCAACGUUACUGACUUGGAGUUCUACAUCCAAAACUCAUAUCCAGCAAUUUUCUUGAACAUGAAGAAUGGAGAAACUGUCAAAGACUACAUCAAAACCAGCAAGUCCAACCCAAAAGCAAGCCUUGUGUUCAAAAAGACAACUCUUGGUACCAAACCAUCACCAAGAGUUAGUAGCUACAGUGCUAAAGGGCCAUCUAUAAGCUGCCCAUUUGUGCUGAAGCCUGACAUAAUGGCUCCUGGUUCAUUAGUCUUAGCCUCAUGGCCACCAAAAAUCCCAGUUGCCAGUGACGGCAGUUCCUCUCUAUAUAGUAAGUUCAAUUUAUUGUCUGGUACAUCCAUGUCUUGCCCACAAGCAGCAGGAGUGGCAGCGCUAUUGAAAUCAGCACACCCUGAUUGGAGUCCUGCAGCCAUUAGAUCUGCCAUGAUGACCACAUCGGAUGCAUUCGACAACACACUCAAACCAAUCACAGACCUUGGUGAUGAUAACCAUCCAGCCAGUCCUUUUGCCUUUGGAGCUGGACACAUCAAUCCCAACAAUGCAUUAGACCCUGGUCUAAUAUACGAUGUGAAUGCACAAGAUUAUGUGAAUGUUCUAUGUGGUCUAAAGUAUACCAAUCGACAAAUUCAAAUCAUCACCAAAUCAGCUUCAAAUAAUUGUUCCAACAAGUCCUUGGACCUUAACUACCCAUCUUUCGUUGCAUUUUUCAAUGCCAAGGCCUCCAAAUCUAGUUUUAAAAGUGUACGAGAAUUUCAUAGAACAGUGACCAAUGUUGGAGAGGGACAAUCAACCUAUGUUGCAAGUGUGACACCCAUUAAAGAAAUUAAAGUCAGUGUCACGCCAGAGAAAUUGGUGUUCAAAAACAAGAAUGAGAAGCAAAGUUUCAAGCUGAGUAUUGAAGGUCCACAAAGGCUGAAAGAGGAGUCAGUUUUCGGUUAUCUUCGUUGGGUGGAUAGUGCAAGUAAACGAAUGGUCUCAAGCCCCAUAGUGGCCACACGUUACAGCUCGGAAUUUGUGCCAUAGACCAAACUUUAAUGGUCUUUCUUAUUGCUUGUGAUAUUUUAGCUAAAUAAAGCUUGAUUAAUUAGUUUCAAGUUAAUCUAUUUCUAACCGGUUGGUAAUGUGAAGCCAAGGAAAAAAAACAAAACCCAAUUGGUGAUAAAAACAUUUUAGUUUAUUUUUAUUGGAUAGGGUUUUAUGUGGUUAAGUUGUAGCUUGUUACAUCAUAAAACUAUCAAUCAAAAGAAGUUUCAUACAUUUAGCAUCUAGCUAAUACUAUAAUUAUACAUAAUAUCU